AUGUUUUUAAAAAUAUUUGAAAAUAGGAAAUAUGUAAAUGCUUUAAAAAAAUUGCAUAACACAAACAAAAUGUGUGUUACUUAUUCACUUAAUGAUAAUAUACCUUUUUUAAAAAAUAUACGAGGGUUUAGUGAAUAUGGUAAAAUAGAACAAGAUAAAGUUAAUUUGCCAAGAAUAAAACUACGAGGAUUACCAUUUGAUGUUUCAGAAGAUGAAAUAAAAAAUUUUUUUAGUGCUUUUAAAUUAGCAAAUCAGAAAAAUCCAAUUCAUAUAAUUAAAGGAAUAAAAGAUAAGCCCACGGGGCAUGCAUAUGUUUAUUUCGAUGAUGCUGAAGAAGCAAGAAAUGCUUGCCAAAAUUUAAAUAGAAAAUUUUUGAGAAAUAGAUAUAUUGAAAUAUACAUAGAUUAUGUAUACAAUCAUAAUUUAGCCCCAAUUAAGGAACAUGUAACUACAAUGAUGAGGGAUAGAUACAAAAAAGACAAUCAAUGA